AUCCAGGCAGCAUUGGGGAGUCCCGUGAACAGCAAGCUGGAGUCCCAGUUGGGAAGAGCUCCGGGCAGUGCAUCCACUCCCAGUUAAUAAUAUUCUCUAUUUUGGGGUAUUUAGGAACCUGUUUUAUUCAUUGGAACAAUGAGGAAAAUCUGGAUCCCUUUAAUGAGCAUACGGAUGAGGAACUGUGGAAUGCCUUAGAAGAGGUUCAGCUUAAAGAAGCCGUUGAAGGUCUCCCUGGGAGACUGAAUACUGAAUUAGCAGAAUCUGGAUCGAACUUGAGUGCUGGACAGAGACAGCUGGUGUCCUUUGCCAGGGCUAUUCUCAGGAAAAAUCAGAUAUUGAUUAUUGACAAAGCCACAUCUAAUGUGGAUCCAAGAACUGAUGAGUUAAUUAAGAAAAAAGUCCGUGAGAAAUUUGCCCAGUCCAUUGUGUUAACCAUCACAAACAGGUUGAGAACUGUUAUUGACAGCGAAUCUGUAAUGGUUUUGGAUUCAGGAAGACGGGUAGAAUUCAGUCGGCCGUAUAAGUUGCUGCAAAAUAGAAACAGCCUAUUUUACAAGAUGGUGCAACACCUGGGGGAGGCCGAGGCCGCUGCCCUCACUGAGACAGCAACACAGGUGCACAUGGAAAGGAAAUAGCCAGAAAUUACUCACAACAGCCACACGGUUCUGAACGUUUCCAGUGGACGGGCCUCCACCUGAGCAGUGUGGGGGCAGCACUGUGAUCCUGCCAUGAGGGCAGGUGUGCUCCAGAGGCAUUUCUCCAAGUUUUUGCAUUGCAUAAACUGUAUUUUACUUUUUUUUAAUACCAGCAACAAAUAUUUACACAUACAGGAUGUUAGUUUUUUUUUUUUUUCUUACACCUUCACCCGGUGAUUGCAAGCUCUUACAAAAAUGAUUUGUUAUUUUUAUUUAUAUGUUACACUUUUUUUUCUUAUCCAAAUCAGAGGCUCAGGCCACCAAUAAAAACUGUCUCUCAGGUUUUGUGCCUCGAGAGACUCCAGAGCAAAGCUUAUUUUCUAAGCUAUAAGACAGAGUUGUCCCAGAGGUGUUUUACUGCUCCUCCCUUCCCCCAAUUACAUCCUACUACUUUCCAGUUAUAUCAGGGAUCCUGUUCACCUGAAGACUGUGUAAAGUUGUCAUUUUCACUCAUUUCUUCCUUUAACAGAACUAGGAUCCAUUAUUCCACCCAAAUACUUCACAGGAAAAACAAAAAAUAUAUACUUUAGUUUGUGACAUUAUGGAAGAGAGAUGCCCCCCCUCCAAAACAUAAAAAGACCUGUGGUUAAGAUAGAGGACAGUCUUUAUAUGGUCUAAGAGAAGGAAGAGAAAAUAUCCUCCAGAGGGAUUUGAUAAUGAAGGACACACAUGUGACUGAUCGUCUUCUGGAUGGAGGGUUUUAUUUUUUACACUUUUAUUGUGGUAAAAUGUAGUUAACGUCAAAUAAGCCUACAAUUCAGCCGCCUUAAUGGCAUUCACAGUGUUGUGCAACAAUCAAUGUCUGGUUAAUUUUUGGUAAUUAUCUUAGUACUAUUCAGGUUUUUUUUUUUCUUUUUGUCUCUUUUUGUCUUUUUUUAAGGCCUGCACCCAUGGCAUAUGAAAGUUCCCAGGCGAGGGGUUGAAUUGGAGCUGCAGCCGCCAACCUACACCACAGCCCCAGCAACGCCAGAUCCAAGCCAUGUCUGUGGCCUACACCACAGCUCAUGCAAUGCCAGAUGUGUAACCCACUGAGUGAGCCCAGGGAUUGAACCUGCAUCCUCGUGGAUCCUAGUCAGGAUUGUUAACUGCUGAGCCAUGAAUGGAACUCUGCAGUGUGUUUUUUUUACAGAUUCAUUUUUGGUAAGUUUUAUUUCUCUAGGAGCGGAUCUAUUUCCUGUGAAUUUUGAGCUUGAUUGGUAUAAAGUUAACCAUAAUAUCUUAUACAUUUAAUCUCUGCAGCAUCUAUAAUUGUGUUCAUUUUGGCUUAUUAAUUUUCUUUGGGCCUUCUCUCUUUCUAAGAAUAAUCUUACAUGACUUUUGCCUAUUAAUUUUCAAGAGUCAGUCUUUUUGCUUAAUUGGUCUUUGUUGUUUUUUUUUUUUUUAAUUUCUAGUUAGUCAUAAUAUUCUUUCUUUCAACUUUUCAUUUCCUUAGAGAUUUUUUUCUCAAAAUUCUUAAAUUGGAAACAAUAUCAAUUAUUUUUCUAAUGUCAAUAGAUGAAGCCUACUUUUUCUAAGACCCACUUUAGCUUCAACCUACAGGUUUAGGUACUUUCAAUAACCAUAGUGUUAUGUAUUUUCUAAUUUCUAAUUUAAUUAUUAGUUAUAUCUUUUACCCACAUGUUAUUCCUAAGCAUAAUGUUCUCUAAAUUUCAAAGGCUGAUUCAUUUUUUUCUAUUAGCUUGAAGCAUAUGGAACAUAACGUAGUUUUAACCUAUCAAAUGGCAGUUUUCUAUGGUUCAACAUGAUAGUUUUCUUUGGUUAUUAAUAUUUACCUUAAUUUCAUUUUAGUCAGAGAACAUUAUGGAUUUUAAACCAAAGCUAACCGUGUUCAUUCCCAAAGUCCUGUUUCUGCAAUUUUGUAUUCUCUUUGGGGAUUUUUAAAGUUGUAAGUUGUGAAUAACUAAUAAUUUUCAAAUAAAAAUCCUGAACACUGGAA